GCGAUUCGGUCGGUUUGGUAGGAUUUCACCGGGACAACGCAUGUUGGUUUGUUUGUGUAAAGUAGAAUAGUUACAGUGGUGUAAUUACAGGCAAAAUUCUGCAGUGCGAUUUUCGGAUUUGAUGUGUUGAUGUUUUGUGGGAAUAUAGCAAUAUCCACCAUGUUUAAAGUAGUGCAAUUGAGAUGUUUGAAGCAUAAUUAAUUUCAAAAUAAGUGUUAUGUGUAUACACAAUCACAACGAAUGAAUUGUCAAAUCAUUCAACAGAUAAAAAAAAUUCAUAGAAAAGUGUAAUCAAAGUGCUCCUGUACUGACAUAAACAAAUUUCCCCAAGGCAUGGAUACUCGUUUUCAAGGAUCGAAAGCGAGCGGGGCCGGAAAUCCGGUGCGCGACUCAAGCUGCUAGGAACGGAAGACAAAGCGGUACAACGACAGACGACCAUUUGUAACACACUGAAUUGUGUAGUGUGAUAAAUAGUGCGGCGCCGGAGCGAAGUGUACACAAAACACUUUGAUGACAUCACGUUCCAUCAGUAAGAGGAUUCCUCAGAAAGCUCCAGAAAAUCCGACGAUCAGCGGACCCCGACCAUGAAAGUGUACGGAACGGCAGCUGACCGAGUAAAUCGAUUACUCUUCCAGCUGGAUUGGAUAUAGGCGAGUUGGUGGUCGUUAAUGUCGACGAGUGAGCUGCCCGUGCUGGUUGAACAAUCCUUUCCCCCGUUCCUGCGUAUGCGGGUGGUACACCGGACACCGUGUGCCCCGGCGAAAGCGGCGAGAGGUGUGGUGGAGUGAACAAGAAAACAGUGAUUGUGUGAUAACAAGUUCCGGCAUUCGGUGGAUCCGUGCAGUUUUCUGUAUUUUCGCAGUUUGAAGUCAGAGUUCCCGAGAUGGACAACGUCGGUGGUGUAUGGGGUAAUUGAAGCUGUUGCCAGUUGUCAGUAGUGAAAGGGAAGCAAAACGGAAGCGAUAACUAGUGACUGUUGUCGGCAAAAAAGCGGGGUCGGAACGAAGAGUGGGUGUGGUGAUGCGUGUCUGUGUCACAAUAUUUAUCUAGUAAUUUGAGACUGUGAAGAUAUUCCAAGAGAGAGGGUGUAGUGCGUGAUGUUGGUGAGGGUGGGGUUUGGUGUUGUUGACAGUGGCGUCUAAACGGCGUUUAUAGUGGCGGACACCGCCAAGAGUUGCUCUACAUUCUGUCAUUAGACGAAGGAAGACUUUCAGCAAACGCAGUCAGUGUUUCUUGUAUAGGGGAUCCCGACGAAACAUAAUUGAUUCGGGGAAGCAGUGUAACCCAAAACGAGAAAAGCUAUCAAUCAAUCAUUGAAAGCGAUGGCAAUAACGACGGCUUCUCCGGAGCUUAGAUCCGGCAGGGUGGAGCUGAUACCCACGAAGGCAAUGGCCGCUUAUGAGGUUAUCAGCACGACUAUUAACGAAACGCUAAGCGGUGUCGAAUUGGAACCAAACAGUACCGGACAAGCAGUGGCCUCGAGCGAUAUCGUUAUAUCUAACAAGUAUGUUCAGAUGGUGUUCUGCAUACUGUAUUCCAGUAUAUUCAUUCUUGGAAUAUUCGGAAAUGUUCUAGUGUGCUACGUGGUCUUUCGAAACAAGGCCAUGCAAUCUGUGACAAACCUGUUUAUCACAAAUCUAGCGCUUUCGGAUAUUCUCCUGUGUGUGCUAGCCGUUCCGUUUACUCCUUUGUACACAUUCCUUGGUCAGUGGGUUUUUGGAGCACUCAUUUGCCACACUGUCCCGUUGGCACAAGGCUGCAGUGUGUACAUAUCGACCCUUACCUUGACCUCCAUAGCGAUAGAUAGAUUCUUUGUGAUAAUUUUCCCUUUUCAUCCUCGAAUGAAAUUAUCAACCUGUAUCACGAUCAUCAUAACCAUAUGGAUUUUCUCCUUGAUGCUGACCCUUCCGUACGGUUGGUAUAUGCGGCUUCACGACGACACGAAUAGUUCUAUUGUGAAUCAUACGCUACACGAAGGUCAUCCAUUGUAUUGCGAAGAAAUGUGGCCUACGGAGAAUUUACGAAUGAUUUUCUCGACAGUCACCUCAAUCCAACAGUUCGGUCUACCAUUCUUCAUAAUGGCCUUUUGCUACAUAUCGGUGUCAAUUAGACUGAAUGAUAGAGCCCGUACAAAGCCUGGUACGAAAACCACCCGACGUGAGGAAGCCGAACGGGAUCGUAAAAAGCGCACCAAUCGGAUGCUGAUAGCCAUGGUCGCCAUAUUCGGUAUUUCUUGGCUUCCUCUGAACCUCGUCAACAUAUGCAACGACUUUUACUCGAGCAUCAACUCGUGGCCCUUCUACAAUCUGCUGUUUUUCAUCGCCCAUCUUACAGCCAUGAGUUCAACCUGCUACAAUCCGUUUCUGUACGCAUGGCUAAACGAAAACUUUCGUAAGGAGUUCAAACAGGUCCUACCCUGCUUUGACCCGUCCCGCGGUCGCAGCGCUGUCAGUAUGCGGCGUUCGGAGCACCGUAACUGCAAUGGAAACAACGACACCGUUCAGGAAACUCUUAUUCCCAACGCCCAAAUGUUGGCUCCAUUGGCGAGUCGUUCACCCAAUACCACGACUACAACGACCACAACUAGCGAGUCCGCCAAACAAACCGUGGACUCAAUCCUGCUCUCCGAGAUCGUACCACCGGCGAUGUUGACACAUAGUCCACCCUUGCUGCCCUCGAUUCAGAAUCAGGAAACUAUUCUUCUUCCUUCCGGUGUCCUUGAGACUCCCUUCGAGGUACUAUUACCGGGUGAUGCUGGCAGCAAAGCACCUCAGUUACCUACAGCUACCAACGGCGUGGGAAAUGGAGGUCUCACAUUGGGUGUUUCUACGGCGAAUAAUCUUCGGAGUAGCAGCAAUCCGAAGCUGCAAUCGCUAAUACUGAUCAACGACGGUACCUGCGGGGAUACCAAACUGCCCGAAAUACUCUAGACUGAGGAUUAGGUUGAGCUAGAAGUACCUAUUUUAAACUACCAACUAGGAGCGUGAAUCGUGCAGGCGAGCGUGCGUGUGUGUGAUUUUGAGAUUUGAUCUCGCCAAGCAUAGUUCGAAAAUCAACGAAAUCUACAAACUUCACGACCUUCUACUUCUGGGCCCGAGGCAGAAGGUCAGGUUUGAAUUGAUUGUUUACCGUGCGAGCUGUCAUCAUCAUCUUCGUUAUUAGUUUACUAUUCGUUUUUUUGGUUCAACAAUAAUAUUCCUAGAACAAAUCAAUGAAGAUAGACUAGCCCGAGCGGAGUGAGCAAGACGCGACAGAGAUCAAUUACAUACCUCGAUAGGAGAAAGUAGCGGUGUAAGCACCCGUAAUAAAAUUAUUUCGUUUUCAGUCAUCCUACCUAGUUUAAUAAAUUGUACAAAGAUAUUAUGUAUAGGAACAAGUACUGCUAUAAGCUGAUACACUUUGCUUGACUGAACAAAUUAGCGUGUAAAAAGGUGUUAUCGAUGGUAAAUGCAAUGUUGACUAAGUUCCCACGAUUGAAUUUAUGUGAAACAUGAAUCUUUUAGCAAGGAAGAAGUUGUUUACUGUUAAAAAUUACUGCAAAGUCCGAAUGUGUUAAUAUGUGAAAUAAUAACGUUGAACAAGACAUUUAAUCACCUAAUACGUAUGUAAAAUGAUUGUUAAACUUAGAUGAUGAGAAAUUUUAGCAUUCAAAUCCAAAAUGCCAAACUGAAGAAGCUGUGUGGGUGGAUGGACAAUGCAUUUAUUGUUAGAAAUAAUUCACACAAAGCGAUGGAAACCAAAUACUAUCCAUCAAGUUCAAAACUGUUUCGGUCACAGACGAAAAAUGUUUUUAAAACUAUGCAGUUCAAUUUUCACCCGGAUCUCAAUUAUAGUUUUACAAUUGGAAUACCCAAAAUGAAAAAAGUUAUCCCCUAUACAAUAUGUAUAUACCCUAAUUGAACAAGGCUUGUUUGAAAUAGAUUGCGAAACGUGAAAAACUACUACAGAAUGGUUUGAAAAACAACGCCCCCAGAGCUGAUUGGUAACACUUUGAUGCCUACGGAACGAGCGCGGUGAGGAGUAAUAAAUUUGAUUUAUUGAGAGCCAA